AUGAUAUCAGCGGAAUCGGAAGAACCGGGUAGAAGCAGUGAAAUACCACCAGAACCACCAAAACGACCACGCAUCGGUACACCGCAUGAUAUGCCUGGUACAUCUGGUCAGUCGGACGACAAAAGCAAAAUCGGUGAUGAAUUUGUUGUGAACAGGCCAGAGCAGCAGCAGCAGCAAGAAUUCCUUCAAUCUUCCGUUGAAAAGGUAAAAUUUCGGAUUAUUUUUAGGCUGAUCUGUACAGUUAAGGACGAUUAUCCUCCAAUUCUUCGUCAUGAUAUUGCUGAUGACAGCGUGAUAACAUUGGUUCUGGAAAAUGUGCUGAGAGUAAUUCGGGAGAUGAUUGCUGGCGCGAAACUUAUUAUGAAACAAGCAGAAAGGAAGAAAUUGCUGUGCGACGAUUUGAAUGAUUGGCUAAGUCGUCAGGGC